GUGAAUUGAAUAGUGAAUUAAUAAGCUCGUAACAUGUUCUACUUGGACUUCUGUAAAGGAAAAUAGGGAGUGCUUUAGCAAGGAAUUUUCCAACCCCAUCGGACCAUUGAUGCCUUUGCAUGUGGUUUUGUUUGCUCACGCUACUCACCCGUCCCGUUGCCAUUCCCAUUCCCAUCCCCAUUUUCUUUCCGUCGAAGUCCUACUUUUGCAACAUGAAUGAAUGGCUCUAACUACAUUUUUCAUGCAAGUCGAGGGAUCCGCUCUGGUUAUCCCCACUCCUUAAUGCAUUCUCCACUCUUCUGCUGUUUUUCUUGUCAAAAACGUCAAAAAUACGAUAGUGAAGACCCCAAUGAAUAACAACGUGGCCUGCAGGCUACACUGAGCACAACAAUGACAAACGCCAGCUGAAGAAGACGUAGUCGGUUCUUUGGCCCCCCAAAACCCGUAGUCUAGAGCCCCAUCGCUGAGGAGUGGAGUGGAGUGGAGUGGAGUGGAGUGGAGUGGAGUGGAGUGGAGUGGUCACCAUGCGGCAUCCGAAAAUAUCCCUCAAGAAGUACUUCUACUUCACACUGAUCUGCGCCCUCCUCCUCAUAUUCGGUUUCAGUAUCAAAGAGCACGAGAUAUGGAAGACGCGGGCUCCCCGUUCGGCACAAAUAACCACUCAGCAGCAGCACACUCAGCAUCUGCAUCAACUGCAGUCCAUGGACGAAGAGCAUCCACUGGCCACCAGUUCGACACCGGCGCCAGUGGCAGCCACUUUGCUUCCUGAUGUGGCUGGCAAUUUCGUCGAGGAGCCGGAAAAGGCGCUUCUGGAGGAGGAGGAGGAGACCGAGGCGGAUCGGCUGCAAGAGCCGCCGGCGGAAAAAGCCUGGUUCUUCAAGAACGGCGAGUACUAUCCCAAGCCGGCCAAAACAUACAGCAAUCGCAAGGCCAGGAAGCGACAUGCCCCACGGUUGCUGCCCCAUCAGGAUCCCUUCUCCGAUCGGAUCGUCAACCAGCUGAUGUAUGUGCCGCACAACUACGAGGAGAUCAAGGCCAGCGGCAAACUGAAGACCAUCCUCCUCUACAACGGCCUCGGUCCGUGGAACGUGAAGAAGGGCCGCGAAGUCUUCCUAAAAGCAAAGUGUCCCGUGGACACCUGCGAACUGACUGCCAAUCGCGAUCUGGCCAGCUCGGCCGACAUGAUCCUCUACAAGGAUCACUACAUCCCCACGGGCAUUCGGCGGCCCAGCAACUCCAAGCAGGUCACCAUGCUCUACUAUCUGGAGUGCCCGUACCACACGCAGAAUGUCAAGGUGCCCGAUGCCAUCAACUGGACAGCCACCUACAGGAGGGACAGUACUAUUGUUGCGCCCUAUGAAAAAUGGCAGUACUUCGACACAAAAGUGCAGCAGCAGGAGCAGGACAUAAACUACUCCGUCAACAAAACCAAGAAGGUGGCUUGGUUUGUGUCCAACUGUGGGGCAAGGAAUGGCCGGCUGCAGUACGCCCAUGAACUGCAAAAGCACAUCGAGGUUGACAUCUACGGGGCAUGCGGCAACUUCAAGUGUUCACGGAGCACGGCGGACAAGUGUUUCGAGAUCCUCGACAACGACUACAAGUUCUACCUGGCGUUCGAGAACUCCAACUGCAAGGACUACAUCACGGAGAAGUUCUUUGUGAACGCACUGAACCGCAGGGUGCUGCCCAUUGUGAUGGGUGCCCGUCCGGAGGACUACGAGGUGAGUGCCCCGCGACGAUCCUACAUCCACGUGGACGAGUUCGCCUCGCCCAAGGAGUUGGCUGAGUAUCUGCGCAUCCUGGACCGCGACGACGAGCUCUACAACUCGUACUUCAAGUGGAAGGGCACCGGGGAGUUCAUCAACACGUACUAUUGGUGUCGCGUGUGUGCCACCCUCCACAACGAGGAGCAGCUAAGGAAGCCCCGCUGGUACACGGACCUCAACGACUGGUGGCGAGGACCCGGAGUCUGCACCACCAGAUCCUGGCGAAACUUUAAGGCGCGCAAGGACAUCAUCAGCGACUCCAGCGACGACUGAGUCCAGGUGCUCGAGGCGAUCCAAAUCGUUGCAUUGAGCAGAAGUCAGCAUCCAGCAUUUUAGUGAGUCAUUCGCUUCAGAAACGUUGUUUUCUAGGUAUCACCAUCACCAUAACCAUCUCUACUUUCACUUUCACUAUCCACAGGAUGGGUUUGUUUUGCUUGGAGAAGAAAAAAAAUAGGUGCAAUAAGCAGUCUGUAAAAACUAUCCUUUUCCAAAGACUAGGUUUUAAAACUUGAAAAACGUAGAGGGAAGAGCAUUGAAUAAUGGCCAAAUAUUUAUUAUCAAAACCUGUAAUAUUAGUUUUAGUUCUUCCUCUAUUAUCUGUAAUAAUAAUUUUUAUUUCAUUAUUAAAAAUUAUUAAUUUUAUUUCAAGAUUGCUGUUCGCAACCAGAAUGUUCUCAAAACAAACGACCCAUCCUUCGCUAUCCAUGUGUAAAGAUUCGCUUCGUUUUUGCCCGAGUUUUACGUUCUACAAAUGUUUUUUGUAGUUAGUUAGUAAGUAAACGAAAAGCUCGGAACUGACAACGUCCGGGUGAAUCAAAUCAAACCGAGAAGGCACGAGGUGAGGAGCAUUCAGACACUAGCCCAUAGACUAAAGAUCCCCGUGCUGAUCGUUGUAACAUAUACAAUACCAGAUGCAUAAGAGAACCUAGAACCCUAGAAACCUAGCCUAGUUAUUUAUGGAUAUACAAAUGAUAUAUGUAUACAUAGUUCGGUAAUUUAUAUAGUUGUUUAAACAAAAAGCAAGUCCAAAAUAGACCAUAACACGAUAGAGAGAGGCAAGCAAGUUACAGUAGUUCGGCAUUCUAUGGCUUAAAUGCAAUGAGAAGAGGCGUCAGCUAAAUAUUGUAGCUUAGUUCUUUUGUAAGUGUUUUUUGUAAGCAAUCAGCAGCUGGAUGGAUCGUCCUGAAAUAUGUUGCCUGUUAUUAGAGCACAUCUUUAUUUGACAAUUCGAUUUUCAGUUUUAUAUCUUAAAUAGCCUGGAUUUUGGUUGAAAUGUUAGCUGUGUAGAGCUACUUGAAAAGGUUUCCCAGCCUGUUGACUAACUAACUUACUCUAUAACCGAUUCGCACAAGCUAAUAUAUAUAUAUAUAUAUAUCUGAUCUAAUACAAAUACAAUCUGCAUUCCUAUUUUUCAUAAAA